ACGAAACCAGCUAUGAGAGGCCAGCGGAGAUGGAUGCGGAGGGGAAGCCGCACUUUGACUGAGUGCAAGGUCAGGAGCGCGCUACCCCGCGCUCUCCGCCGCUGAGAAGUUCCUUGGCCGCGAACAGACGUGUGCUGCAGCUGGGCCGAGCGCGGAGCGGAGCGACAAGCGAGCGAGCAAGCAAGCGAAGGGAGGCCGCCGACCCGCCCAGCCCGCCGCGGGGAGAGGCAGUUCGCGCCCCGCGGCCCCGUCUCGGCCCGCGCGCGCCCCGCAACAGCCCGCGCCGCCUCCGGCCGCGCCAUGGCGGAGGUGGGGGCCGUCUUCGCGUCCUUGGACUGGGACCUGCACGGUUUCUCCUCGUCUCUGGGGAACGUGCCCUUAGCUGACUCCCCGGGUUUCCUGAACGAGCGCCUGGGCCAGAUCGAGGGGAAGCUGCAGCGCGGUUCGCCCACAGACUUCGCCCACCUGAAGGGGAUCCUGCGGCGCCGCCAGCUCUACUGCCGCACCGGCUUCCACCUGGAGAUCUUCCCCAACGGCACGGUGCACGGCACCCGCCACGACCACAGCCGCUUUGGAAUUCUGGAGUUUAUCAGCCUGGCUGUGGGGCUGAUCAGCAUCCGGGGAGUGGACUCUGGCCUGUACCUAGGGAUGAAUGAAAGAGGAGAGCUGUAUGGAUCAAAGAAACUCACACGUGAAUGUGUUUUCCGGGAACAGUUUGAAGAAAACUGGUACAACACCUAUGCUUCCACCUUGUACAAACACUCGGACUCGGAGAGACAGUAUUAUGUGGCUCUGAAUAAAGACGGCUCACCCCGGGAGGGAUACAGGACUAAACGACACCAGAAAUUCACUCACUUUUUACCCAGGCCAGUAGAUCCUUCUAAGUUGCCCUCCAUGUCCAGAGACCUGUUCCGCUAUAGGUAAUGAACCUCUGGUGCCAUGUCUGUGACCCAUGUACUCUGCAGCCACGGUUGGCUCUGCAAGCACUAUACUCAUAGCUUUUCAAUCCUUCUUUCCUAUCAAUUUAGAUAACAAAGAAGCACUUACUGUUCAACUUGACCCAGCUGUUCCCUUGUUCAAAGUGUAUAUCAAGGUUGGGUUAUUUUGGGGAGGGAUGUGGGGGGAGGGGUGGGCCUGAGGGAACCUUGUAUAUACUUUUUUCUUUACUCAUGUUCUUUCCGUGAGGCGGCAUGACAAAGAAUGAGGGCCCCACUAAGGGUCAAGGUGCCUUGCCUCACAGUCCACCCAGAUACCUUGAGAAGGGGUAUAAAUGAAAGACCAAGGAAUCUGCCACAGAUGCUACCUAUAGAGCUCUGAGAAAGUGUCAUUUGGAAAAUGUGCGGGGCUCCAGCCCUGCUGCAAGCCAUCCCUUCUUUGGCUCUGCAGAUUUCAAAUUUAUCCUGACAUGCAGUUUUCCUGACACCAGAAGUGGGAGAUGUGGGCCAGGUUGUAAGAAAAUGAUAUUAAAAUGCAAGCAUGAAUACUGUGCAUAAGGACAAACUAUUUAUGAAAUGUAUAUGCUAUUUAUUUUAUAUAUUUAUUUAUUUCAAAAUAAUUUUAUUUUUAAUGAGAGAUGCUAUGACUGGAUUUUCAUCAGAAAGAAUAAGGUCCUACUGAAACAGGAAAAAACGAGUUAUUAAAGGCUUUUAUUGGCAAUAAAAUUGUCUUUAUAUUAUAAACCAGUGUCUAAUUCCACUGAUUUGUGCAUUUGGUCGAAUGAACAGGCUGGCCAAUUUCUUUCUCCACAGCUCACUAGGAUAGUGGGAGCCACAUUAGAUGAUGGGAUCACUCCAUCAUCUAGUGUAGUAGCAUUAUCUAGGGCCCUCCCCCAAGGGGAGUGCUCCCUUCUGGUUCCAUGACUUAUCAGAACUUGGAAGGCCUGGACCAACAGCUCUUACUGAAGCUCCAUUUGUGUUUAGGAUU